GCCGGCACCAUGCGCCCCGCGCCCACGCUGGCCCUGGUCGCGCUCUGCCUGCUAGCGCUGCCCGUCGCCGCCGCCGCCGCCGCCUACUUCGGCCUAACUGGGCGCGAGGUCCUGACGCCCUUCCCAGGCCUGGGCACAGCAGCAGCUCCGGCACAGGGUGGUGCCCACCUGAAGCAGUGUGACCUGCUGAAGCUAUCCCGUCGCCAGAAGCAGCUCUGCCGGAGGGAGCCUGGCCUGGCUGAAACCCUGAGGGAUGCUGCACACCUCGGCCUGCUGGAAUGCCAGUUCCAGUUCCGACAGGAGCGGUGGAACUGCAGCCUGGAGGGGAGGACUGGCCUGCUCAAGAGAGGCUUCAAGGAGACAGCUUUCCUGUACGCAGUGUCUGCGGCCGCCCUCACGCAUGCACUAGCCCGGGCUUGCAGUGCCGGUCGCAUGGAGCGCUGUACCUGUGACGACUCCCCUGGCCUGGAGAGUCGGCAGGCCUGGCAGUGGGGUGUGUGUGGUGACAACCUCAAGUACAGCACCAAGUUUCUGAGUAACUUCCUGGGGCCCAAGAGAGGAAGCAAAGACCUACGGGCUCGAGCUGAUGCCCACAACACCCAUGUAGGCAUCAAGGCCGUAAAGAGUGGCCUCAGGACUACCUGUAAGUGCCAUGGAGUGUCAGGCUCCUGUGCUGUGCGUACCUGCUGGAAGCAGCUCUCCCCAUUCCGAGAGACAGGCCAGGUGCUGAAGCUGCGCUAUGACACAGCUGUCAAGGUAUCUAGUGCCACCAAUGAGGCCUUAGAUCGCCUGGAGCUAUGGACACCUGCCAAGCCAGGUGGCCCGGCUAAGGGCCUGCCACCCCGGCCAGGGGACCUGGUCUACAUGGAGGAUUCUCCCAGCUUCUGCCGGCCCAGCAAGUACUCUCCUGGCACAGCUGGAAGGGUGUGCUCCCGUGAUGCCAGCUGCAGCAGCCUAUGCUGUGGGCGGGGCUAUGACACCCAGAGCCGCCUGGUGGCCUUCUCCUGCCACUGCCAGGUGCAGUGGUGCUGUUACGUGGAGUGCCAGCAGUGUGCACAGCAGGAGCUUGUGUAUACCUGUAAGCGCUAAGUUGCCACCAGGUGAGCCGUGGCACUGCCAGGACUCCUGCUGAACCCUGUGCAAGCACACGCUGAUGCUUGUGCCAUGCACAAGAGUGUACCAUUCAUCUCUUUUCCCUGGCCCCACAAACCUUCAGCCAGCCUUCUGCCUUCUUCAGCCCUCAGCAGAGAGCAGCAAAGCUCUGUCCCCAAGCCCCAUGAUCCCCAACCUGGACUCGGAACAGGAGGGUGAACUAAGAAGAGAGGAACUACACAUGAGUGUCGGGGGAGGACAGGAGGGAGGCUGGCAGGAGGAGAGAAGAGUCAUCCCAUCUCAAGGCCACAAACUGCUGGGAGGAUGUAGAGGAGGGAGGCAGAGACAGCUGGAGCACAGGCGGGCAUCCAGCUGAGCAUGGCUCCACUCUGAAGGAGCUCUGGAUGCCACAUGCUUGCUCUGCUCCAGUGGCUUUGCUGUGCUGGAGACUGUUCAGACAGUUUGCUGAGAGCAAGGAAACCUUUCUAGGCUUGGGUGGACCAAGUCACAAAGCCCAUUUCUGGAAGCCCAAUGUCCUGGAACUCAGGACUGUCUCCUUAUCUCCUUGUCUUGAUAGCUGAGUCCCCCACAGUCAUCCAACCCUGCACUAUGAGACUCCCCCCGGCCCCGCUCCCACUAACACACGUAAGAAAGGUGCAGGACUCAGUUUGCACCAUGGGACUCAGAUGCUGCGGCUUUGGUUGAAUGUAGAGACAGUGAUCUCUUCCCUUUUCCCUGAUGGCCAAAGGCUGUUAAUUACAGCCCAGAGGAGGGUGGUAGUGUCCUGGUGCUCAGGAGGGACAUGGCCGGCUUGGUGUCCCAGCCCACCCUGGAGUGUGUUCUACCAGCUCCCUGUGACCAGGGUCCACCAGGGCUAUGAGCCCCCCAACACCUGCUGAUUAUAUCUCCGCUCUCAAGGAUGCUUAUCAAAUGCAGGCUUUUCGUCCUGGUUGAGUCUUCACUAUACCUGCUUCCUCAGUGGCCCCCUUCAUUUAUUAAUGGCUCCUUAUUUGGACUCCUACCAGAUGAAUAGAAGUGACUGCUAAUUUCCUUGGACCCUGUGGCUCUUUCCAGUGCCCCCUACCAAGGCCCCCUGUGUAAAGAGAGAAACCAGUGCACACAUACAGGCUCGCACAGAUGCACACAUGCAGUCCAGCCAGGCACAGGCUUCCCACGGAGGACUGCACAUCUCUCCAGCCCAGGACAAAGACCUCACCCAGGUCACUCUACUGGAGGCCAUGUGCUUCUCCAGAGCAGAGCCUGAGGCCAGCCAGGAGGAAGUGACCUCCUUCGGGAAGCUCUUGGCUGCUUGGCUAGUUGGGCCACACCCUCCUGUAAGCUUCCUUCCAUCCUGAACCCGGGGUUGCUGCCCCUCCAAUGGAACAGGAAACUUCAAAAUCAAUGGGUGCUCAGUAACCUCGAUGAUGCCAACUCCAGGAAGGAGGCUUUGUUGCCAAGACCUCCAUAGGCAAGGAGGGGCUACCCUAUCUUCAGUGGCUCAGGGCAGCCUGAGGAUACUGGAAGGAUCUUUGAUGGCAGAGGCUCCAAGGAAGAGCCACAAUGGCCUGAGACCCUUCCCUGGAAUGACUUUGUUAACCCAAACAGGCUACCCACAGGUUGGUAGGAGAAAAAAUGG